AUUUGGCUUGGUCGCGGAUUUGACAGCAGUUGUCAAAAUAGCCCAUAAAAGAUGUCCGAAACGAAUGACGACUCGCUUACCUUCGAUUUGGGCAACGACGAUCCUGCCAUUCUUAAUGAGGACGAACUUUUGCUGUCCGACGACGAGAGUGGCAUCAAACUCGACCAGCCGGAUGAAGAUUUCCUGCUGGAAGAGACGGACGACUGGGUACGCGAUGAGUUGGUAGCGUCGAGAACUGUGGUGCAACCGAAAAGUGAAACCAGUGCGACAGUGCAAAGUGUGCCCCGUGACAGUGAAACGUCCGCACCACGUCCGCCGGUGCCCGUUGAACCGGCCGUAAGCCGGUGCGAUGAUGAGAGUGAACCAACAGAGGGAGCCGGCUGCCAGGCAGCUCCCGUGCCGGCACAUCAAACGUUCCACGUCGAUCCACCCAUCGAACCGACCACCACUCGGAGCAGGGACGAUACUGGCGACGAGGCGAAUGUAGAGGAUGUUGCUGCAACCGGUGCCGAAACAACGGCGCUGCCUACUACGACGGAGGAUGAGGUCGCAGCGGAAAGCGCAUUUGAAGAGCCGCAGCCGGAUGUGCCGAAUGUUGGUGCUAGCGUGUCGAAGGAAUCGUUCGGGUCGGCGUCUUCUGGCGGGGGACAGGGGGUGGAGAGUGGCACGGUUUCCGGCUCGACGACGGUCGAGUACAGUACGUCCGCCCAGUCGCUUGCCGAAACGGUCAGCUCGGUCCCGAUGUCAUCGAGCGGUACGCACCGAACCGCCACCAGCGCGGAACAGUGCGACACGACCUCGUCCGAGGAUGUGCUGUACCUGUACGCGAACAACCAGGAGCCGGACGGUUCGUACGAUACGGACGAGACGAGCGAAAAGCGGGGCUGGAAGAACGAAUCCAAGAACGAACCACGCCAUCCGAUGCACCAGCAGCAGCACCAGCACCAGCAGCAACAGCCCCAUCCGCUCCUAGGCCACCAUGGACCCGGCAACCGGCUCCAGCCCGGGUACGGCAAGCCGGGCAUGAAGCACCCCCUACUACCACCCCAGCAGCAGCAGCAGCAGCAGCAGCACCCGGGCGGCAUGAUUGCGCCCAACAUACUCGGACCGCACCGGCCAAACAAUUUCGGCGCCAUGCAUCCGGGCGGCGGCGGUGGCCGCCCAAUGGACUUCCGGCCCGGUGGCAACCGGCAGCGCUACCCGCUCCGGCCCGGCUUCGGACCGGAAAUGAUGGGCCAGUACCGUGGCAUGGGACGGAUGAACUUUCCGCCCGGGCCACCGCCGCCCGGCAUGCACCAUCCGGGCGUACUGAUGCCAGGGGGUCCGGGCGGUCCAAUGCCACCGAUGCGCGGCUUCCCAGGGCGGGGCCAUCCGUACGAAAUGGGGCGACCGAUGCCGCCGCGUCUCAUCCGCCCGAUGGGAGGUGCCAAUGGGCCUCAAAUGUAUCGGAAUGCUGGUCCGCCGAACGGGCCACAGGCAAAAGGACCGGCCAUUGGGCAGCAGGGACCUUACGGACCGUCGCAACAGGGGCAAGGUGGUGGUGGUGGUAAUGUGGUCCCGCAGCCGCAAUCGCUCCUGUCCGGCACGUUCGAUCCGAUGACGGUUGGUGGAGGCGGUGGAGGAGGAGGAGGAGCAGGAGUAGGAGGAAGUGUUAGUGGCGGCAUUGUGGGUGGUGCAAGUGGUAGCGUUGGUGCCGGGAGUGGGGCCACGAUUCAGCAACCGUCACCCGUCGCCGCCGCCGCCCCAGUGCCCGGAUUCCCGCAAAAGGUUCUCAUCAAUCCUAAUUUUAAAGGUGGCGUGGAAGCGGUCAAGAAUCAGCUCAUGCGCGAUGCGGCCCUCAGCUCGCAGCAGUUCGUGGCCGGCGUCGCCACCACCGCCCGGCAGGUCAGCGACGACGAACUGCUGCGCCAGCAGGAAGAGUUCAUCAACAAAAACCGGAUCGAGGUGGAGAAGCGCCGGCACGAGCGGUCCCCGUCGCGCGAACGUGACCGGGAGCGGGACCGCGAGCGCGACCGCGAUCGAGCCCGAUCGCGCGAACGGGAGCGAUCGCGCGAGCGCGACCAUCGCGAGCACCGUGAGCGGGACCGCGAACGCGAACCAUUCCGUGGCCGGUCGCGCUCGCGGGACCGGGACAUGCGGCCACGGUCGAGGGAGCGUGAUCGCGAGCGUGACUAUUCACCGCGCCGCCAUCAUCGCGCUGGCAGUAGGGAUCGUGAUUUGGGACGGCCGGGCCGGCGCAACUUUGGCAGGAGUCGGAAUGCGAGCCGCGACCGUGACGACGACGGCCGGUUCCCGAAGCGGCGAAAGAGCAGCGAUUAUGGGGAGAACAACCGCGGACAUUAUGAGCGCCAUGACGAUGACGAAGAUCCCGAAACGAGGGCCUAUCGGAUGGAGAUUGAAAAGCAGAAGGCGACCCGGGAGAAGAUGCUCCGCGAGAAGGAGAUGCGUCGCAAGCGGGCGGCAGAGGAGAAGCUAAAGUCGCGAUCGAAUGACCCGAAACCUCAGGAAAAUACGCCACCACCCAAGCUGACGCCGUUGGUGGUGACGGAGAAGAAAAUCAUUACGCUAAAAAAGAAGCCGGAACAGGCGGCGGCGGCGUCCGAUUCGACGCACGGCCGUCGCUCGCCGACCGAACGCUCCAACAGCCACGCUAAACCGGCGGCCGGCGAUCAGCAGGAGCGCACGCGAUCGCGCCACCCCGACAACGAGCCGCAGCCGAGCGACGGCAUCAGCAGCGAGCUCAACUCGGAAGCGAUCGAGCUGGAUCUGCUGGAAGAGUUGCUGCUGCGCGAGCCAACGCCCGAACCGAUGCCGUCGAAGCCGUCGCGCGUUACGACCAGCAGCGGCCAGGUGUCCACAACCAGCGGUACGGCGCAUGUCACCACCUCAUCGUCCGGUGGGGAAGGGGCAGCAGUAGGGUCGAAGGGUGGACGGGAUCGUCACCCGACCACAACCAGUGGCAGCAGCGGUGGAACAGCAGCAGCAGCGACCGGAGGUAGUAGCAGCCGACGCAUCGUGCUCAUGAAGCCGACCGGCAGCGACAAGAGGGACGGAGGAGGCGGAGCGACAGCAGCUGGCAACAACAGCAACAGUAGCAGCAGCAGCAGCAGCAACCGGAAGGCGCGCAUCUUCGACCGGCUGGACAGACGGAUCGGUGUGAAUGAGGCGGACAAGCGAAAAAUCCAGAGGUUAGUUAAGGACAAUUAAUCGGUUUUCCAACGUCCCCGCUCUCCUUCACACAACACCAUUUCUCCCCUCCGCUCCCGUGCCCUCUCUCACGGGAAGCAAAAACAUUAUUCUGCAGUCGAUUAUUGCGGACGCACCCAAUGCCAUGCUCCAGCUUCACGUGCAUUAGUGUGUCCAAAUUAUACAUAUAUAUGUGUGUGUGCGUGCGUGCGCGUGUGUGUGAGAGAGAGAGAGAAUUUGAACCCACGAUUGGGGUGGAUUGCUUGGCACGCGCUAGGGACUCGGCUAGAUGGCGCCGGUUGUUCGCGUGCAGCUACAGUAGUGUAUAGUGUACCUCUUGCGGGAAAGUGUGGAACCAACCUGAUUUUGUUGUUAGGGGAAUCGUUUUGUUUCCGAGUUUGCUUCAACUUUUCUUUUUUAUUAAUAUUCUUAGUCAUAUUUUUAAUGCUUACACACCACUGGAGAUUAUGUCAGUGGAUCAAACCCAUCUUUUAUGGUACAUAUACACACGUUGUACGAUCCAGUAACAACAAACAAACAAAAAGCACUCCCACACUUUACUACAGGGCAGGAGAAAUUGGUAGACUGUUUUUUUAAACAAUUAAUAUUAUGUAUUAAACUGUAUCACGUAGUAUACAAGUGCACGUUUCUUGCGCAAGGCAACAACGCGUUUUAUAGCAACAACACAACCCGACAUGAUCAUUACGCGCAAGCAUUUCUGUCGCCGUCGUCGUCUUCGUCGUCCCGUUUUUCCCCACACUUAUCAUGUAAACGCUUAUUUAACGAGGUCAUUUUACUUACCUGGACUGUUUUGCCCGUUUUAGCAGAAACGGUGGCACCGCUGCGAUUUUAAUUUGUAUUCACUUUUGUUCUGUUUUCGUCGUGUGUUUGUGCGUGUAUUUCGAACAACAACUGCGCGGUGUAAAACGCUCUUAGAAUAAGUGAUGUGUAAAGAUUUUUUCUGUUUUUUGUUUUUGGUUUCGAUAGGUUAAAUAGUUAAGCAAACAAACAAACCCCGAUUGUCUAGAUUGUUGUGUAUGUUCGGUACGGUUACAUAGGUGUGGCUACACGUGAUCUGCCUUUCAUUGUAUUGAUUGUAUGCGAUAUGACACGUGGGGGCUUGAUGACCACACACACACACAUAUAUAUAUAUAUAGAAAGGGCUUGGCAAAUAAGUGAAGCAAUUAAAACAUAUUUUAUUAUUACAACAAAUACAUGGCCCUCUCGCAAAGGAACCCAAACAAACAAAAAACCCUUUGACCGUAAACUUUAUUGCUAGAAGGCGGCAGUAUAGGAGUGGAAGUAGUGAAGG